CGCGUGCUGCCACUGCACGUUGACAGUUUAUUAAUGGACAGUGGCAGCUUUAACAGCACCUGUCACUGCCGUCAAUUGAUAAAUUGCUCGAGACGUAAUGAAGCCACCUUUCACCCUCAUCACUGACGCAGUAUAAUGAGGUGCUUUGCUUUGUUUUUUAAGUCAUGUAACAGCAGUGACAGAGGAGAACGAAGCACAACUCAUACAUUUAAACUCAAGCUGCAGACUGCAGAAGAGCACAAAUUAACGGGUUCAGCAAUGUCUCUAAUAGUCUCAUUCCUUGUGGUGACAUUGGUUACCCAGUGUUGGAGUGCACCUCAGCGGAGAAACUGGACCCCUCAGGCCAUCUUAUACCUAAAAGGAGCAUCAGGACACCGCUCAGUGUUGGAGCGCACUGGCAGGGAGGAAGGGGACACUUUACAUCUAGUGACUCUCAACCAGAGCAUUGAUGGACUUGGACUGUCUUUGUCAUCCAUUCUUCUGGAGCUUCUGCAGCGAGCUGUGGAAGAAGGUGGAGGCAAUCCAGAGAGUUACCCAGAGCUGAAUUUUAACUAUUUGUGAAGCGUUCACUACACUUGUUUUCUUCUUUUCUUUUUCACUGUUGCACUUUCUUGUAUUUAUGUUUUUUUAAACAAGGAAUUUGUCACUAUUUGAGUUAAAUUGAAAUUAAAUGUGCUGUGAAUCAAA